CAAAAACCUUUCACACACCAUCUCAUCUCUCUCUCUCUCUUUUUUCCUUUUCUCAUUAAAAUAAAGAAAAAUGGAAGAUUACGAGCGAAACUCAAACUCUCCAGCUCAUGAAGAAGAUUCCGAUGUACGGAAAGGUCCAUGGACUGAGGAAGAAGAUGCUAUUCUCGUCAACUUCGUCUCAAUCCACGGCGAUGCUCGCUGGAACCACAUCGCUCGUUCCUCUGGGCUUAAGAGAACUGGUAAGAGUUGCAGAUUAAGAUGGCUUAAUUACUUACGCCCAGAUGUUAGACGAGGCAACAUCACUCUCGAAGAACAAUUUAUGAUCCUCAAACUCCAUUCUCUCUGGGGCAAUAGGUGGUCGAAGAUUGCACAAUAUCUACCGGGAAGAACAGAUAAUGAAAUAAAGAAUUAUUGGAGAACUCGGGUGCAGAAGCAAGCUAAGCACCUUAGAUGCGAUGUUAAUAGCCAUCUUUUCAAGGAGACAAUGAGAAAUGUUUGGAUGCCGAGAUUAGUGGAGAGAAUCAACGCCCAAUCAUCACCCACCACUUGCGAGCCUAUGGAGUCAAUGAUCACCACCGACCCAGGUCAACCUAUUGACGAACCGAAUACGGUCGAACCGGGUUCUGUUCGAUUUCACCCGCAUCAUCAUCAGCAGUUCGUACCGGCGUCGGAAUUGUCCGCAACGUCUUCGAAUUCGCCAGCUGAGACGUUUUCGGACGUUCAAGGUGGGGUGGUCAACGGGUCGGGUUAUGACCCGGUGGGUCAAACGGGUUUCGGGGAGUUCAACGAUUGGGACUGUGUUGGUGGGGACAACAUGUGGACCGAUGACGAGAGUUUUUGGUUCUUGCAGGACCAGUUAUGCCACGAAACGGCAUCGUAUUCGUAUAAUUAAGAAAAAUAUACGAUUACGAUACGUAACGAGGAAUUCAAUUGCGUCACGUUUGGUGUAAUAUUCAUUCGUGCGUGAUGCCACUUUAGAUACGGCCUUUGGUAUACGAAUCUUGACUUAAUUUAGUAUGUUUUUUCUUUUCCGUUUUCUUUUUUUCCUCGAUCAAAUUAUAAGAUCUGAUCAUCAGGCGAGGGUAUAAUAUACUUGUGAUUUGUGAUAUAUGUGAAUUAUUAAAUAUAACGUUUUUUUUUUCCUUUGAAAAUGGUCAAGGAUAGUUCUUAUACCAAAGUUGUAGACUAACUAGAAUCUGUUCA